AUGUCUGCGAGAGGAAAGAAACCAGUCGUCUUGUCUGCGUCAAAACCUGAUGUCACCACCACAAAUCCUACGAACAGCUCUGUCGCCCCUGCGGUUCCUGCUCAUGUUAUUUACAAGUUACUAGCUUUUACAUUUGCUAUGAUGGCAGGGCCAAUAUCAAUAUAUUUCUUCUCCCUAAAUAGGAUUUUUGAUGGCAACUCUACCUAUGCAGGCGCAACUGCAGCGAUCACAGCAAAUAUUGUGUUAAUAGGAUAUGUUGUCGUAGCUUUUCAAGAGGAUCAGAGUGAGGAUUUGCAAGAAAAGAAAAACGAAUAG